AUGGCAGAUGCAAAGAUAGAGCAUGUAUGGGGCCCUCGGGCCUUGAUAGAUGAGCCUAUCACCCAACCAGAAAAUGUAUGGGAGCUAUUCAAGCUGCUUGGAGUCAAAGAAUGGUUGACAUUUGCUGCUUGCUUCCUGGGUUGGACUCUUGAUGCAAUGGCCUACUUCACAGUGUCUUUGUCUCUGUCAGAAAUCGCAAAGGACUUUGGGGUUGCAAACUCGGACGUUGCUGCGUCCAUUACCUUGACUCUUGCCCUACGGCCAAUCGGGGCUUUAUUGUUCGGCUGGCUGGCCGACCAAUAUGGGAGACGCUGGCCGCUGAUGAUUGAUGUUAUCUUGUUCGCUAUAUUAGAGCUUGCAUCUGGCUUCGCCCAGAAUUUCACUCAGUUCGCAGUCAUUCGGGCCAUAUUCGGUAUUGCUAUGGGGGGUGAAUGGGGUCUAGGAAGUUCUUUAGCUAUGGAAGUCCUUCCACCACGUUGUCGUGGUUUAUUCAGUGGAAUCUUGCAACAAGGAUAUGCGUUUGGUAAUCUAAUUGCCACAGCAUUAUACUUUUUGAUUGUACCAACCUUGGGAUGGAGGCCACUCUUCUGGAUUUGCAGUUUCCCGGCCUUCUUGGCCAUCAUUAUUCGAAUGUUUGUGCCAGAAUCAGAUACUUUCGAGGCCGUCAACAAGCGUAGAAAGGCAGACGGACAUUCUUCAUUUGGUGGAAUGACGCGUGAUGUUGGGAGUGCAUUGAAGCAUCACUGGCUCUUGUUUAUAUAUUGUAUCUGUCUCAUGGCGGCAUUCAACUUUCUAUCCCACGGUUCUCAAGAUCUGUACCCCACAUUCUUGAAAUCGCAAUUGCAAUAUAGUCCCCUGGAUGCAACCAUAAAUAAUUUAAUCGGCAGCGUGGGGGCCAUCAUUGGCGGAUCGACUUUGGGAUAUCUAGGUCAAUACGUCGGUCGUAGACGAUCAGUCAUCUUUUCUUGUAUCAUAAUUGGAUGUGUGGUCUAUCCAUGGGUCUUUGCUCCCACAAAGGCAGGACUACGAGCUUCUGUCUUCUUCAUGCAAUUCUUUGUUCAAGGUGCAUGGGGAUCCGUGCCUAGUCAUCUUACCGAGUUGUCCCCUGGUGCAGUACGUGGGCUCUUCAGUGGCUUAUCUUAUCAGCUGGGCAAUCUUAUAUCAUCUAGUGCUGCUCAAGUCGAAGCGCUCAUCGGAGAACAAUAUCCAACCACUAAUGCAGCUGGUGCUUCAAUUCCAAAUUAUGCCUUAACUCAAGCCAUAUUGAUUGGAGUUGUAGCUGUUGUGUUAAUUCUCUUGAUUGCUAUUGGUCCUGAAAACCGACAAGCAGCAGUCAAUGUAAAGGCAGCUGGUGAUGAAAUAGUCCCAACACCAUUUCCAAUGGAGAAGGACGAUACUGCUGUAGAGAUGGAGGAGGAAGAAACUAGGGCUGUGCCACCAGCACCAAAAGAUGAUUCUGGACUGGUGUCGAAACUGUCAGCUAGAUUUGGCCGUAACAAGAAGCAAUGA